CAUUCGACAACUGAUCAACAACAUCCGGUUCAUCAGGUCAAAUAAAUAUUAUUUUCCGCAGUUGUAGUACAUUGAAAAUUGGGUAUUGUGAAUAUAUCAGUUUGAUUUCAGAUAAUGGUUAGUGCCGUAAACCCUAACCCAGCGCUUCCCUAACUCAGUCCAAGGGGUGAAUCAACUGUGUAGUGCUAGGUCAAAAAACAAAAUGUGCAACCCUUAGGGUCCCCAGGACCGAAUUUGGAAAAUGCUGCUCCCAACCUAACCUUAACCCGUAGCCUUCCCUUAAAAAAACAUUGAAGUUUGAAACUGCAGUCGACUUGGACGCAGUAUUUGUAGCAUACUGCAGGUAUACUGCACUCUAACUGCAGUUAUACUGCAGCCUUUUCUCGUAAGUGUUACUUUAACCGUUUGAAAUGUCAACGUCAUUGGGGUGACUUCAGCAUUGGGACGUCCCACGGAACCCGUUUAGACGUCAGAAAAUAGAUGAAUGCUGGCAUCUACUGGUUUAAUGAGGAGCACUAGAAAUUACAUUUUCUAGCAAGAGAAUUCAGCUUUCCCAACAUAAUCUGUCAAAGUGUUGUGACAUGGAAUCUACAUGGAAAAUACAUUGGAUUUGAAAAAAAAAAGUUGUUCUACUUUUCUUCGCCACCAUGGCCUACUUAUUGCCUUUACCUCCCUUAUCUCACCUCAUUUGCUCACAUUGUAUAUAGACUUAUUUUUCUACUGUAUUAUUGACUGUAUGUUUGUUUUACUCCAUGUGUAACUCCAUGUGUUGUAUGUGUCGAACUGCUUUGCUUUAUCUUGGCCAGGUCGCAGUUGUAAAUGAGAACUUGUUCUCAACUUGCCUACCUGGUUAAAUAAAGGUGAAAUAAAAAUAAAUGAAAUAAAACAGAGAUUUUCUGGAACAGUAACGUUUGUGAGAACCUAGAAGUUAACUAUGACCUCAUAUUAGAAUCCCAGCAAAAAACCUGAGAACUUGCACAGUGUAGACCUCAGGCCUAGUGGACCACUGGGUUUCCCCAAACUAUGGACAUGCAGGGUUUUUUGCAGGACAUGCAGGAGCAGAUGGGGAAACUGACAGACCUCCUAAAGGAUGAACGGCGGUCCCACCAGCACAGCUGCCGUGCACUGUUGGACGAAGCAGAGCGGAGAGCUGAGAGAGUUAGGCAGCAGCAUCAACAGGAGAUGGAGCAGCUAAUGCAGGCCCACAGAUCAGAGAUCAGUGCUUUGGUGACCCUCCAUACCAAGACUCUGGAGGGGGAGAAGGGCUGUGCAGAGGAGAGAUGUGCCCUGCUGGAGAAAGAUUAUGACUUCCUCAAAAGCUCCUUCCGCACCUACAAGGACAGUAUAUUUGAGGAGAUGCGUAGCAGCUGGCUAAGGAAGGAGAACAGCUGGAAAGAGGAGCAGGAAAAGCAUCUCAUGGACCAACUGAUGCAUUCACGUGAGCAGCUGAACAAAAGUGAACAGGAAAAGGAUAACCAAAGAAAGGCCUUUGAGGCAGAAAUAGCAGAACUCCAGGCCAGGUUUGAGGAGGAGAUACAGGUACUAGCUGGUGAGCUGAUAGAGAAGGAUGUAACCAUCAGUUUGUUGAGAACAGCUUAUCACCAGACACAAGAGCAACUGGAUGUGGUGACCUGUCGUAUGUCAGACGUCGGGAAAAACCCAAGCCAGCUCGAACCAAGACGCAUGUCAUGCGUCACACAAGAACCAACAGAGCCAUAGUGCAACUCAUGACCACACCAAUACAUGUUUGAACAUAUUUUUUAUUCUUCUGUCAUAGAAUUUGUCUUGGAUGUGUUAUAUGACAUGUGGUGUCAAGGAGUACACUGUGAUGUAUUGAAACAGCAGCAAC